AAGGCUGCUGUUUUCAUUUCCUCAUGGGAGGAAGAAGCAUAGCAGAGAAGAAAGGCGCUCGCUCAAGGCACUGAACCUCCGCCACCAUGGGGAACUUGUUUGUGAAUGAGGGCCUGUCCAUCCUCGUCAUUCUGGUAUGGCUGGGGAUGAACGUCUUCCUCUUUGUCUGGUACUACCGGGUUUAUGAUAUUCCAGAUAAGUUCUUCUACACUCGAAAACUUCUUGGGUCAGCGCUGGCACUGGCCAGGGCCCCUGCAGCCUGCCUGAAUUUCAACUGCAUGCUGAUCCUGCUGCCAGUCUGUCGAAAUCUACUGUCUUUCCUCAGGGGUUCCAGUGCGUGCUGCUCAACAAGAAUUCGAAGACAACUGGACAGGAACCUCACCUUUCAUAAAAUGGUGGCAUGGAUGAUUGCACUUCACACUGCGAUUCACACCAUUGCACACCUAUUUAAUGUGGAGUGGUGUGUCAAUGCCCGAGUCAACAAUUCUGACCCUUAUUCAAUAGCACUCUCUGACAUUGGAGAUAAGCCUGGUGAAACUUACCUCAAUUUUGCUCGACAGAGAAUUAAGAAUCCUGAAGGAGGCCUGUACGUGGCUGUGACUCGGUUGGCAGGCAUCACUGGAGUUGUCAUCACACUCUGCCUCAUAUUAAUUAUCACCUCCUCCACCAAAACCAUCAGGAGGUCUUACUUUGAAGUGUUUUGGUACACACACCAUCUCUUUGUGAUCUUCUUCAUUGGUCUCGCCAUCCAUGGAGCUGAGCGAAUUGUACGUGGGCAGACCGCAGAGAGUUUGUUGAAACACAAGCCAAGAGAAUGUUAUCAAAACAUCUCACAAUGGGGAAAAAUAAAGGACUGCCCAAUCCCAGAGUUCUCUGGGAACCCUCCUAUGACUUGGAAAUGGAUAGUGGGUCCCAUGUUCCUGUAUCUCUGUGAGAGGUUGGUACGGUUUUGGCGAUCUCAACAGAAGGUGGUCAUCACCAAGGUGGUCACUCACCCUUUCAAAACCAUCGAGCUACAGAUGAAGAAAAAAGGAUUCAAGAUGGAGGUGGGCCAAUACAUUUUCGUCAAGUGCCCUGUGGUGUCCAGGCUGGAGUGGCACCCUUUCACCCUGACCUCUGCCCCCGAGGAAGACUUCUUUAGCAUCCAUAUCCGCAUCGUGGGGGACUGGACGGAGGGACUGUUCAAAGCUUGUGGCUGUGAUAAGCAGGAGUUUCAAGAUGCCUGGAAACUACCGAAGAUAGCUGUUGACGGGCCCUUCGGCACUGCCAGUGAAGAUGUGUUCAGUUAUGAGGUGGUGAUGUUGGUGGGAGCAGGGAUCGGGGUCACGCCCUUUGCAUCCAUUCUCAAGUCGAUCUGGUACAAGUAUUGCAAUAAAGCCCCCAAUCUGAGGCUCAAAAAGAUCUACUUCUACUGGCUGUGCCGGGACACACAUGCCUUUGAGUGGUUUGCAGACCUGCUGCAGCUGCUGGAGACCCAGAUGCAGGAGAAGGACAACGCCGGCUUCCUCAGCUACAACAUCUACCUCACCGGCUGGGAUGAGUCUCAGGCCAAUCACUUUGCUGUGCACCAUGACGAGGAGAAAGAUGUGAUCACAGGCCUGAAACAAAAGACCUUGUAUGGACGGCCCAACUGGGAUAAUGAGUUCAAGACCAUUGGGAGUCAACACCCCAGUACCAGAAUAGGAGUUUUCCUCUGUGGACCGGAAGCGUUGGCUGAAACCCUCAAUAAACAGUGCAUCUCCAACUCCGACUCUGGCCCCAGGGGAGUGCAUUUCAUUUUCAAUAAGGAAAAUUUCUAACUGGUCUCUUCCAUGAGGAAAUAAAUGUGGGUUGUACCGCCAAAUGCCCCAAUAAUGCCAGUUGAUAAUAUAAGUUCCCUCCUUUCAAGAAAAAGAGAGAAAGAGAAACUAUAAUGUGAUGAUUUGCCCUGAAAGGAAUGUCAAAGAUUGUUUAAGUCAUAAAUUUGCAUUUGUAUGGGGCUUUAUGGUUUUCAGAGCAAUUAUAUACACAUUUUUUCAUUUUGUUUCCUCACAGUAAUUCCAGAGAAAGGUAGGGCAAGGAUUCUCAGACUCAGGUCUCAGGAUUAAAAAAUGGGGGCUCAAAAUGGUGAAGUAGCUUCCCUAAGAUUAAAGCUGAGACUGGCUCUAGACCAUCUGACUCUAGGUUUGGUGAUCUUUCAGCAAUACCAGGCUGCCUGGAAAUAGGUUUGUAUACUCCCCAAAAGAAGAAGCAAACCAGGGAGUAACUUUUCAUAUUCCCUUUUGUGUCAUCUUUGUUAUCAUUAUUGUCCUAUCAAAGGAAAUUUUCCAAAUAAGAGAUAACAUAUGUUGAGAGUGAUUCAUCACUUAAUGGUGACAGCACACUCCAGUUUACCAAUGCAGCAGCCUAACUGGGUCAGAGAUUCCUCCUACAAAAGAAUAUUAGACUGACUGGAAUUAAUGUAUGCCCCAGCAGAGAGUGGAUACUCAAUGAAAGUUUGCUGAAUGAAUGAAUGAAUGAAAGGACCUUUAAAACCAUACAAUGCCAGGGUAGAACUAAUUGAAAGCUUUAAACAGGAUUAUCUGAGGAAAUCACUUCUGAGACUCUUGUUGACCAAAGGAACCUGAUUCUCUUGAAGGUAAAGAACAGGCUAAGGUUAGUAACCAGUAGGUUGUCCUGUCCAAACAUUUUUAUUUGAAACAUGCAGGAAAGGGAGAUAGAGGCAGAGAAUUGAACUCCUGUCCUAACUCUGGCCGGCUCCUUAUGCUAUGAAAGAAAUGCAAACUGAUUUAUUGCCGGAAACAGUCUCCUCCAGCCAGCACUUGUGAAUCUGAAAUUAAGAAUUGUGACAAAUACGUAUCUGAUACGCCCAUCUGCUUUAAAUAGCAUCCACACUUUGUUUUACUUAAAUACACAUGGGAAAGGGAUCUUACUGGUGUAACUAACAAUUUAGUUUUCUAUCAUCAUGAUCAUGAUGAAAUUUACAUCCCAGAAACUAAAAUCCCUAGCUUACUGUGUAGGUAUUGGAUUCAUACCCAGUAGAAUGUUCUGGAUAUCCGUGAGUUUGAGAGUCUCUAAAUCAUUGUUAAUGUGGCCAGAAAGGUUUUUUUCCCGCCUCAGGACUGCUCCUACUUCUGGGAACUAAAAACAGCUUUAUGUGUUAUAUCCUCUGGGGCCACAGAUAUUUAGAAGUAUUCAACUUUGAUCAUGAGAAAGAAAGAGAAGGGAGUAGGGGGGAAGGGCAGAAGAUGGGGUUAGGAGGAAAGGGGAGGGAAGGGGGAAGAGAAUAGAAGGAGAGUGAGAGAAAGCGAAAAAAGGCAAAAGGGAAUGGUAGGUGAAGGGGGUCACUUUCUACCCCAGAUUUCUUAAAGUCUUAUACGUAUUGAAUGUAAUUGCAGGAGGUACACACAUAUUCAUUUUAUUUUGAUAACAUAUGGUAUUGAAUCUGAAAUUCUGGCCAUGAAUUUGAUGCUGAGUGGGCAUAUUCAGGGGACUGGGCUGAACUAGUAAGAACUCAGUUGUUCCUUUGGGUUCCCAGGAUGCCCCGGGCACUGAGGGUCGGUCCUGACAAGUCAGGCUUGCUUUGAGAAUGUCACCUCCCCACAAUGUCCCAAGACUGUUUCUGCAAAGAGAAACUUAGGUCCAGCCUGUUCACACUGCACCCCAGGUAUCAGUUCAUUCAUUCAACAAACUUUUAUUGUGUUAUUACUAUGACUCAGGCUCUGUGUUGAUAGCUUCAGUUCUUUACACCAAAGUGUGAGCCAGAGGGGGAACCAGA